AUGGGCGAGUGCCCCGUCCACGCCACUGACCGCAAGAAGGUGCCCGUCGCCGGAGGCGGCACCCGCAACACCGAUUGGUGGCCCAACGAGCUCAAGCUCAACAUCCUCCGCCAGCACAACCCCAACUCGGAUCCUCUCCAGCCCGACUUUGACUACGCCACGGCGUUCGAGUCGCUCGACUAUGCCGCUCUCAAGAAGGACCUCACCGCGCUCAUGACCGACUCGCAGGACUGGUGGCCCGCAGACUUUGGCCACUACGGAGGUCUCUUUGUCCGCAUGGCCUGGCACAGCGCCGGCACCUACCGUGUCUCGGACGGCCGCGGUGGCGGUGGACAGGGCCAGCAGCGCUUCGCCCCGCUCAACUCGUGGCCCGAUAACACUUCGCUCGACAAGGCGCGCCGCCUCCUGUGGCCCAUCAAGCAAAAGUACGGCAACAAGAUCUCUUGGGCCGACCUGUUCCUGCUGACGGGCAACGUGGCGCUCGAGAGCAUGGGCUUCCAGCCCUUCGGCUUCGCCGGCGGUCGCCCGGACACAUGGGAGGCAGACGACUCGACCUACUGGGGUGCCGAGACGACCUGGCUCGGCAACGAGGAGCGCUACUCGAAGGGCACGCCCGGCCGCGCCGACCACGGCGUCAUCGACUCGCAGCAGCACCGCGGCGACGACGCCGGCAGCAAGGACAUCCACACGCGCGACCUCGAGGGCACGCUGGCCGCAUCGCACAUGGGCCUCAUCUACGUCAACCCCGAGGGCCCCGACGGCAUCCCGGAUCCCAAGGCCGCCGCCCGCGACAUCCGCACCACCUUUGGACGCAUGGCCAUGAAUGACGAGGAGACGGUCGCUCUCAUCGCCGGCGGUCACACCUUCGGCAAGACCCACGGCGCCGCGCCGCCCGAGCCCCACGUCGGCAAGGAGCCCGCCGCCGCGCCCAUCGAGCAGCAGGGCCUCGGCUGGGAGAACACCCACGGCACCGGCAAGGGCCCCGACACGAUCACGUCUGGACUCGAGGUCAUCUGGACAAAGACGCCGACCAAGUGGUCGAACUUCUACCUCGAGUAUCUCUUCAAAUUCGAUUGGGAGCUCACCAAGAGCCCCGCAGGUGCCCAUCAGUGGGUGGCCAAGAACGCCGACGACAUCAUCCCCGACGCCUACGACCCCAACAAGAAGCACAAGCCUACGAUGCUCACCACCGACCUGUCGCUGCGCUACGAUCCCGAGUACGAAAAGAUCUCGCGCCGCUUCCUCGAGAACGAGGACCAGUUCAAGGACGCCUUUGCGCGCGCGUGGUUCAAGCUGCUCCACCGCGACAUGGGCCCCCGCUCGCGCUGGCUCGGGCCCGAGAUCCCGCGCGAGGAGCUCAUCUGGGAGGACCCCAUCCCCGCCGCGGACCACGCGCUCGUCGACGAGCGUGACGUGGCGCAGCUCAAGCAGGCCAUCCUGGCCGCGGGCAUCGAGCCCUCGAAGCUGAUCUCGACGGCGUGGGCCUCGGCCUCGACGUACCGCGGCAGCGACAAGCGCGGCGGUGCCAACGGCGCUCGCAUCCGCCUCGCCCCGCAGAAGGACUGGGAGGUCAACAACCCGACCCAGCUGGCGCAGGUGCUGCGCGCGCUCGAGGAGGUGCAGCAGAAGUUCAACUCGUCGGCCUCGGGCGGCAAGAAGGUGUCGAUGGCCGACCUGAUCGUGCUCGCCGGCUCUGCUGCGCUCGAGCAGGCGUCGGGCGUCUCGGUGCCCUUCCACCCGGGCCGCACCGACGCCACGCAGCAGCAGACCGACAUCCACUCGUUUGAGCACCUGCGCCCCGUCGCCGACGGCUUCCGCAACUACGGUCGGUCGACGGCGCGCGCGCGCACCGAGCAGCUGCUCGUGGACCGCGCCAGCCUGCUCAACCUGUCUGCGCCCGAGAUGACGGUGCUCGUCGGUGGUCUGCGCGUGCUGGGCGCCAACUACGACGGAUCGUCGCACGGCGUGUUUACGCAGCGCCCCGGCAAGCUGACCAACGACUUUUUCGUCAACCUGCUCGACAUGUCGACGCAGUGGAAGGCGGCCGAUGGCACUGGCAAGAGCGAGGUGUACGAGGGCGUGGACCGCAAGACGGGCCAGAAGCGUUGGACGGCGACGCGCGCCGACCUCGUGUUUGGCUCGCAGGCCGAGCUGCGCGCCAUUUCCGAGGUCUACGCCCAGUCGGACAGCGCGCAGAAGUUUGUCAACGACUUUGUGCGCGCCUGGGUCAAAGUCAUGGACGCCGACCGCUUUGACCUGCACCGCAGCCGCCACGACGCCACCGCCGCCAGCCGCACUCGCCUGUGA